UUCUGAUGCCGGUUCUUUUUAUUUUAAGCAUAAUCAUCAGUUUAAGUUUCGUAAAGUUGCCAUACAAUACUGAUUCUGUCGACGAAGAUCUGAACUUUAACGAAGAUAUUUUAGGACCAGAUAAUGCACCUAGUAUGACAGGUUUCCGGAAGAAAUUUAAUCGUUUAAAAAAUAUAAACUUGAAGACAUUGAAGCGAUCCAAGAACUGUCGCUUCGAAUGCCAACCAGCAAUCGAGAACCAUGUAUCUGAUGCCAGAAUGAGUCUAAGUGAUAAAAGGCCUUACGCUAAAAUCAUGAUUAAUCACUGCUUAAAGUGUCUGAGAUCUAAAGGUUACAUGGAAAAAGUGAUGGAUAGAAGCAGAUACAAAAGGGACUUGCAAAUGACGCCUUAUAUUGAACCCACGAAUCCGUUGAAAGAUCAUCCAGUCACUAUUACAACUAAACAAGGGAAACAUUUUAUUUUUGGAGGCUGGCUAUCAGAUAUGAUGAAUCCAAAUCAGAAGCAAAAAAAUCAGCAAGAUUUUGUAAAGGAUCUCGAAUUUCGUAAAUCGCGCAUUUUAUUAGCUUUACCGUGGAUGGAGAAUUCAAAAUUGCUGAAAGCAACCAAAGAACCCAUAGUGAUUGGAGGAAAACUUGACGAUGAUUAUGAGAACAACUAUGAAGAUGACCAGAACGACGAUGACGUCCCCGAUUUGGACAAACUGGAGAAGAAAACCCAAGACUCCAUUUCUUAUUUUAUAUUCGGAGCUUUUGCUUUCCUUUGUGUCUUAAGCGUUUUUGUGUUUCCUGUCACCGAUUUCCUACGUAUGUUUGUUCUAAACUGCCGUUCAAAUUCUUUGAUAAUUUGCGAUAUACUCCGAUGCCGUGACCCAAAAUACAGACUUGUUAAAGAGAUGUGUGAAACGUCUGGCGUACCAAUUACUUCUUAUAAAGUGUACAAGAAACUAAUGGAAAGGUAUGAAUUAGAAAGCGGUGAGGAUGAAUAAUGAAGAAUGCUUACAGAUGAAAAGGGGCGCAUUGAUCUAUUCGUUUAUAUAUCACUUCUAAACAUGAACUAUUUCGCGAAAUUGAUUUUGUAUAAAACUCCAUUAUAAUAAUAAAAUGUUUUAUAACCACAA